UUGUGUGGGAGUGCGCGCUCGCCUCGGUGGGACUUGUAUGGGAACGAAAAGUCAGAGCGGGGGAUUUGUAGAUCACUUGUUCAACUAGUGAGCAAUCUCUUGCCUGAGAUCACGAUAAUACAGAAAUGUCGGGGGACAACGAAGAAACACAGACGGCCGAGGAGACACCAAUGGACGAGAAGGAGGUUCAGGACAAAGUGAUCAGUCCUGAGAAGGCAGAGGAGGCUAAACUGAAGGCCAGAUACCCACAGUUAGGAAACAAAGCCGGGGGCUCUGACCUGCUCCGCAAACGCCUCUCGAAGGGGCAAAAGUACUUUGACUCCGGUGACUACAACAUGGCGAAAGCCAAGAUAAAGAACAAGCAGUUGCCGACAGCUGCACCAGAGAAGACCGAGAUCACAGGGGACCACAUCCCCACCCCCCAAGACCUGCCCCAGAGGAAACCUUCUCUGGUGGCCAGUAAACUGGCAGUCUGAUGCACACACGGCCUCGACAGCCCCUGCAGCACCUCCCAGCCCCUAACCCUUUCAACUCAUGUCUCAGAGCUGUAACAUAACCUCUCCCACCCUUCACAGUACCUGUCCCCUGCCUCUGCCCCGCCCCCACCUGCCUGGACCCCCCCUAACAGGAUCCCACACCUGGCGCCCAGUGAACUGGCUAGCUGAUACCUUCAAAUCCUGUUUAUUUUUGUUUCCACCCCAUCUGUCCCUGCCGUUACUGCCUCCUUUCCUUGUUGUUUUCCCUCGCUACUCCUCCAAACUGACUGCCCUUCUGUCAUUGUCCUCUUGCUUUUCUGUGUUCCUUGUUAUUUUCUCUUUACUUCCAUGUAAGAUACACUGAAGGAUGGGACAUCAAAGUAUGAGUGUGAGCAGAUUGUGACGCCUCUGUAUGACUCAUAGACGACUGAUUCUGCUGUGUUUACUGGCUGUAGACAGGGGUGGACAGUGGAAGCUGCGUCUCAUAUGGUUGGGGAGCUUUAGUCCGGUCAUUGGGAUCCCUCAGUUUGGAAUCGUGUGUGUAUAUAUAUAUAU